UCGAGUUUCUAUGCGCAAGUCAUACUAAUUUAAUACAUUUAUUAUUGAAACCUUCGCCAUUAUUUAAACAGUACUAGUUAGUGCAUCAAUGCGUGCUGACUGAACAAUCAACGUUCAAAAUGUUGUUAUUAUUAUUUGGCAUCGCAGUAUCAAUUUACAUUUACAGUUAUAUAAAAGGUUUUGAUUUUUGGAACAGUAAAGGUGUAAAACAAGCGCCAAUAUGGACAUCUAUCAAAGAAAACUUUCAAACGACCGUAAAAUCUUUAAGUUUUAUGAAUUUACAUUUAAGAAAUUACAAAAGAGACACUAAAACAAGUCGAUUUAUUGGAUUUUAUCAAUUUGGACGACCCAUGUUAAUGAUAAGGGACCCAGAACUACUCAAACAAAUCGCAGUCAAGGACAGGGAAAAAUUUAUCAAUCGUCAGAAUUUUAUCUUGCCUGGCAGCGAUCCAUUCUGGGACUCCAACCUUUUUGCUUUAUCUGAUGAAAAAUGGCGUAUAAUGCGGUCAACUCUUAGCCCGGCUUUUACUACAAACAAAAUGAAGGCAAUGUUUGUGCUUAUGGAUGAAAGCGCAAGAGAUUUUGCAACGUAUUUUGUAAAUAAUAAUCAACAGAAAAGCACGCAUCAAAUGAAAGAUACUUUCAGACGUUUUGCAACAGAUGUCAUUGCAAAUUGCGCAUUUGGUCACAAAUGUAACUCGUUGUUGGAGAAAAACAAUCCAUUUUAUACCAAUGGAGUUGCCAUUUCAAAUUUUAGCGGUUUCUGGAGAAGUAUUGAGAUUGCAUUAGGACUUAUUCACAAAAAUAUUGCAAAAGCACUUAACGUAACAGCUUUCAAGCCCAAAACAAGUGCGUUUUUCUUGGAUAUCAUUAAAGGACAGUUGAAGAUUCGACAAGAAAAAAACAUCGUCAGACCCGACAUGUUAAAUCUAUUACUGGAAGCAAGAAAAGGUCAGUUGAAGCAUGAAGGACCUGAGCAAGACGCAGGUUUUGCUACUGUACAGGAAUCUGAUUAUGGUAAAGGAAAGCAAGUGAAAAUGGAUUUUACUGAUGUUGAAAUCACUGCACAAGUUAUGUUCUUCUUUGUUGCUGGUUUUGAUACGAUUUCAAGUUCUUUGUCAUUUAUUUCUUAUGAGAUGGCGCUGCAUCAAGAAAUUCAACAGAGACUAAGAGAAGAAAUCGAUGAGACACUUGAAAAAUGCAAUGGACACUUAACUUACGACGCUCUUAUAGGAAUGAAAUACAUGGACAUGGUCAUAUCAGAAUCGUUAAGAAAAUGGCCACCCGCACUUUUCACGGACCGCUUACCUACUGGAACGUACAAGAUUCAAAAAUCUCCUGAUUUUCCAGAUGAACCUGAUGAAUUGGUGUUAAAUGAAACAUCAUCGGUAUCAAUCCCAAUAUAUCCGAUUCAUAAUGAUCCAGAAUUCUAUCCGCAUCCAGAAGUGUUUGAUCCAGAACGUUUUAAUGAUGAUAACAAGAAGAAUAUUAAACCAUAUACUUAUUUGCCGUUUGGACUUGGCCCAAGAAGUUGUAUUGGAUCUAGAUUUGCCCUUAUGGAACUCAAGGUUUUGUUUUUCCAUCUUUUGCAGCAGUUUGAAAUUGUUCCAGAUGUUAAAACACAGAUUCCUGUUCAGAUUAGUAAGGGACUAUUCAAUUUAGAUUCAGUGGAUGGUAUUUGGUUAAGUUUCAAAAAAAGGCAAUAAAUGAACCACAUCAUGUGCAUUUGCUAAUAUUAUUGAUAAUAUGAAGAAAAUCUUGUAAUUUUCAACAUAAAAUUUAUUAUAAUAUCAAAUAUC